AUGUCCUGUGCUUUUGAUCAGAAAAUUGAAAAUGGUAAAAUACAGAUUAGUUCGCCUGGAGAUAACAAGUUCCUUGACGAAGCUCUAGUAAAAUGUGACCAAGGAUAUGUUCCUAGUCAAGAAAUGGUGAAAUGUGAGGGUUCAGGAAAAUGGCAGCCUGCAACGUGCACGAAAGAAAAAUUACAAAGUGAUUGUAAAGAAGUCCUUGAUAAGGCUCCUGAGGCGAAAAAUGGACAAUAUGAGAUAGAACUAUGGAAAUCUGGGAAGAUGCUGACUGUGAAUUGUGACAUGGAAACCGAAGGCGGUGGUUGGACGAUAUUUCACAGGCGAAUAGACGGGUCAUUGGACUUUUAUCGCAACUUUACUGAGUAUGAGAAUGGCUUUGGGAACAUUAAUGGAGAGUUGUGGCUAGGUUUAAAGUAUAUACAAGAACUAGCUGAACAAGGUUCAACAGAGAUUCGUCUUGAUAUGGCAAAAAAUGAUAGUACAACAGGACAUGAAACUUGUUCAGACUUUAAGUUAACAGAAGGAACAAAUUAUACACUAAACAUUGGGUCAUGCAUACGUUUUAGGGUGUCAGUAAAUGGAUUUGCUUAUAAUAAUCAAAUGCCAUUUUCAACUUACGACCGUGAUCUCGACACCGGUCUAUCUUAAACUGUGCCGUGCUCAAACAUGGAGCCUGGUGGUAUCAAGGAUGUACUCAUGUCAAUCUAAAUGGAAAAUAUGUGACGCCAGGCACUUAUGCAGGUGAACCUGGACACAGACACAUUGGGUUUGAUAACUUAAUUGGAUUGAGAACGUCAUCAAUGAUGGUACGAAGGAAACAAGAUAAGUAAUCAGGUGCAGAGCUCAUAAAUUCGGAGAAUUUAACGAUCGUACUUAAAAGAACUUUUUUGUAAUUAUUGUGGUUUGUUUUUGCAUCAGACAUGGUGUGAAUUUACGAUGGCUUAUCUAUGAAAGAAGUCUGCUGUAAGACAUUGGCAUUUUCAGUUAUUGGAUUGGUGACUUAGAAUCUCGUGACAGCAUAUUAUCACGUUUAAACAUUAAAUCAUGUCACCGUAUAUAACUAUGUGACAUCAUAAAAUUACGUGACAUUAUAUAAUCAGUUUAAAUAUCAUUAUCACGUGACAAUAUUUAUUAUUUGUUUGAUUAUAACCGCGUGACAACACGAAAAUGAAAAAAGAUAGCGUUUAAUUUAAAAGAGAAAAUUAACUUUUUGUGUUUGAUUAAAUAUAUAUGUAUUGUCCUGUUAGAAUUUGUUUUAAUCAAAAUAAGGUUCAACGAAUAGCUGAAGGCAUUGUCUUUUUUAAAUUAAAAACCAUUUUUAUUUGUCUUUUGUCACUGUGUUUUCUUAAAUAAGAUCUUGUACUUGUAAAGAGAUUUUUU